AUGACGCACUACUUGUCAGUCGUUACAACUCUUUGGAACCUCACCACUAUCUUAAGUACGCAGCAUCGGAGAGUAAAGACCAACCUGCAGAUACUUCGAUUACCCAUCAGAGGUGAACACAAAACGCGCCCAAGCCAUGGAGAAGGCGAGGAUGAGUGUGAGCCACGCUUUGUGGUGGUGUCGGUCUGCCUCUUUGUGUCUAGAUUUGCAUGGUCAUGGGGCCCUCUUGGUUGGUUGAUAGCAAGUGAAAUAUUCACACUAGAAACAAGAACAACAGGUUACGCGUUUGCUGUGAGUUCAAACAUGCUCUUCACAUUCCUCAUUGCACAAGCAUUUAUGUCAUUGUUGUGCCAGGUGAAGCCUGGUAUCUUCUUCUUCUUCUUCACGGCAUGGAUUAUCAUCAUGGCGUUGUUACAAUACUUCAUGCUGCAGGAGACCAAAGGCAUUCCGAUGAAGGAGAUGACUCACACAUUUUGGAAGAAUCAUUGGUAUUGGAAGAGGUUCAUGGUUGAGGAUGAAUGUGAGCUUUCCAAGAUGGAGAAAGCCAUUUCACCCUAA